CAUUUAACACUAAACGAGGCGUAAUCUGCCAAAAAUAACACACGAAAACGGUCGUAAUCUGCCGAACAUUAGACACCAAAAAUGACGAAAUAUUUAGAUCAUUUAACACUUUAAGAGGCGUUAUUUGACGAACAUUUUACACUAAUAGAGAUAUAAGACCUUCAAUAGACACUUAAAGUCGUUAUCUGCCGGACAUUAACGAAGUAAUUAUGAUUGUUUAAUGGCGGGAAAUCAAUGAUAAUAAUACAAUGCAAGAUAAAAUUAUCUCGUCCAGUUAGUCACACAUUGACGCUACUUUAUACAAUCACGUGGUAGGGGAAAAUCUAGCUCAGUGGUCAAAAUAAGUUGACAUCUUAUUGUUGCUAGGCUCAAUUAAAAACAAAUCAAGAAUGACAUCAACAAUAUUAAAUCAACCUCAGAAAAUGCAGAUGGGCUUCUCCCAGCCAGUGAGUGGACUCCCUCCUAGUUUACAAUAUUUGGCCGGACUUGACCAAAUUAUAAUAAAACAGAGACUAGAGGCUUUAGAAGUCCUGACCGGAUUUGAAACAAGAAAUAGAUACGAGGUGUUAAAUAAUCAGGGCCAGCAAAUCUUCUUUGUUCAGGAAGAGUCGAGUUUGUGUGAACGUUGUUUCUUUCCUUUCAACCGAGGUAUGACCCUCCACGUUACUGACAAUAACUCUCAGGAGGUGAUACAAUAUCGACGAGAGUUUAAGUGUUGCACGGGUUGUUGUUGGUGUGCCGACGGUUGUUGCAGCAUGCAGUUCACGGUUGAAUCCCCAAUUGGCAGACCCCUAGGCUACGUCAAAACAGGAGAUUCUAAAUGUAAGGCACAUAUGAAGGUAUAUGACUCUAACAACCAGCAUAUGUUCACACUGUGGGGGCCAUGUUGUCCAUUUCAAUGUGUUUGUGGAUGUACAGAUGAUAUCGAGUUUCCUAUAACUGAUCCAUCGUUACAAACACGUGUGGGAAAUAUCGCCAAACAAUGGAGGGGUUGUUGUGUAGAAACGUUCACCAAGGCGGACCAGUUCUGUUUAAGUUUUCCAGCUGAUAUGACAGUAGAGUGUAAGGUUUUAUUAUUGGGGGCUGUUUUCUUGACCGAAUUUUACAUAUUUGAACAACAGAAGAAAAACAACAAUAAUGGUGGUGGAAUUUACUGAGGCAAACAGAAAUUGAUAAUAUUGUUCCUUUAUAGACGAAUUAUCUGAUGUUAAUUGUGAUAUGAUUUCAGACAAUAUAGUUUUCAUGUAUAGUUGGACAGUGCAAUGCUAAUAUCUUACUAUUGAAAUGUUUUAAGUCGCGUAAUUAAACCAAAAUAUACCAGUGCCAAAAAGUGAAUCAUACAUAGUCGAGUUUUAUUUGUUUAUUCUAAAUUGACUGUUUAAUGUCACGUACGUGUGUCCGGAUAUACAUUAUCAUUAUUUAUGGUAUAUAUCAUAUAUUACAAUAUCUCAACGUGCACUUAUGUACAUAGAAACUUACAUGUGAUAUACUGGUCCUUAAGUUAUUUUACCAUUGAUUCAGAUAUGUCUUUGAAGUCCUAUGAUAUUCAUAUUUGACCAUAAUUGUUUUAAAUGGUCAAUGAUAGUUAUUUUUCGUGUUGAAAAUGAUAUAUUUAUUUUUCGUAUUGAAAAUGAAAUAUUUGUUUGAAAUAGCUUUUAAAUACCGUUGUUUUCUUGUGCAGUUUGUUGUUUUGUU